GCUGAAGAUGGCGGACGAGGCUCAGAUGGCGGCGGGCGUGAAGGCCCGCGCGGCGCAGGUGCAGGGGCUGCUGGCCCAGCGCAAGAACGAGGAGGCGGUGCGCGCGGCGCUGGAGGACCCGCCGCUGCAGUCCAAGAACGACGCGUUGAGAACGGAGAACGCGCAGGUGGUGAUGACGGCGCUGCUGGCCUGCAACAAGGGCGAGAUGCAGCGCGCCAUCGACUCGCUCAACAACGCGCUGGAGGACGCCCUCAUGAAGUAUAUCAUGCGCUUCUUGGGCAUGGCGUCGCAGAGCGCGGCCAUGCUGGAGUGGCACCAGAAGCUGGCGGCCAAGGCUGGAUCCGGCUGCGUCAUGCGCGCCUUCACGGAGCGGAAGCAGGUCUGAGCGAGCGACUGAUACUGAGGACGGACGCAUAAAGCAGUAACGUCAAUGCCACGUACAGAAAUUGCAAGUUGUCGUUGAAGGGGGAGGGAGUUGAUUGUUGAUUC